AUGGCACGCGGCUCGAUCGUACAAGAGUACGAUGAAUCCCGAGCUGCGACUUUCUACUACAGCAGAAAGAUCGAGAAGGAGGCUGAGGAAAAUCAGAUUGCCAGACCCAAAGGCUACACUGUUUCAUGGCACUCCAAUCCUGAUGUGGAGGACCACCACUUUGGCCAGACACACCCAAUGAAGCCAUGGCGUCUUACAUUGACCAAGGAACUGGUAAUGUCGUAUGGCAUGCACCUAGCCAUGGACUUAUAUCUCUCAAGAGCCGCCACUCAAGAAGAACUGAAAGCAUUCCAUAAGGACGAAUACAUCGACUUUCUCCACGAGCCAGGCUACUCAUCCGCCGUCUACGGCGUCGGUGAUGACUGCCCCAUAUUCGAUGGCCUCUACGACUACUGCUCCCUCUACGCCGGCGCAUCCAUCGACGCAGCCCGAAAAUUAUGCAGCAAACAGUCCGACAUCGCCAUAAACUGGUCCGGAGGCCUCCACCACGCCAAGAAAGGCGAAGCCUCAGGUUUCUGCUACGUGAACGACAUCGUCCUCGCCAUCCUCCAGCUCCUACGUGUGCACGCCCGCGUUCUGUACAUCGACAUCGAUGUCCACCAUGGCGACGGCGUCGAACAAGCAUUCUGGUCAUCCGACCGUGUCAUGUGCGUCUCGUUCCACAAAUACGAUAGAGAAGUAUUUUUCCCCGGCACCGGUCCCCUCGAAUCAACCGGACCAAUCCACCCCAACAACCCAGGCAAGAAUUACACAAUCAACGUCCCCCUCAACGACGGCAUCGAUGACUCCAGCUACCAACACCUCUUUGAGACCAUCAUCGGCGACACAAUCGACGUCUACCGCCCAGACGCCAUCGUGCUUCAAUGCGGCGCAGACUCAUUGGGCCACGACCGCCUAGGAUGUUUUAAUCUCAACAUCAAAGGCCACGGACAGUGCGUCACUUUCGUCAAGUCCUUUCGCAUCCCUCUACUCGUCGUCGGAGGAGGCGGCUAUACCCCACGCAACGUCGCUCGUGCAUGGGCGCACGAGACAUCGAUCUGUAUAGGCGCCGACAAGACUCUAAACCCCGCUCUACCGGAGUUCAUGCCCCUUCGAGAGGCUUUCCGCAAGGAAGGCUUCACAUUAUUUCCGAAUCUAGGUUCCUGGAGAAAAGACAACCUAAACGAUCAGAAAUACAUACAGAAGAUCAUCGAGCACGUCAAAGAACAGUUGAGAUACAUCAAACAUGCGCCAAGUGUGCAGAUGCAGGAGAUCCCGCCCGAUAUACAGGGUUGGCGGGAAGAGUGCCAGUCGCGACUGAAUGAGAGCAAGAGGGAACAGCAGGAGAAGGUCGAGGAGAGAGAAGGCGCGGGGAGUCUGGCUACGCAGGCUAGCGUGAGGAGGGUACAAGAGAAGAGCGGGCUGCCGAUUCUGAGUGGGAAUGUUGCCGUUAAGUAA